GAAAUUGACUGAGUGGCCGGCGGGUUUCAAUUGCUAGAUGGAGUGUUCAUUGUUGGAUUUGUUCGUCGUUCGGCAGCCACACAGUUCUUAUUUCCGCCGGUUCUGCAUAACAACUCGGUUUUGUCAUUUAAGCAAUUAACAUCAACAACAGGUGCGGCAAAGCAAAAAGACCAUUUCCGAUAUAAAGAAGCUUAUUACUUUUGCGUGGUAUAUACAGCCGCAAUAAUUUCGAGUGGCGUAGAGAAGCCAGGAGUCAGGCGGGCCGCUGGACGAACCGACCACUACUCCGCGGCGUUCAGUGUUAUGCGGUGGAUACGCAGGUGCUGUGAUUGCUGACUGUGAGUGUGGGCUGAAGCAAUUCGCUGCCGAAAUACUGUAUAUCUGCCCGUUGUUGUGGAAACGAAUGUAUGCGCUAAUUGUAAGCAUGUGUAAAUAGUGCUGGCAUCACCGUCAACAACAUAGAAUGGCCGUUGCGUAAGUGUAUUCUUCUAUACGAGCUCUAAUUGUCAUCCUGUCCAUGUAGUUUUGUGAAAUCAUUAUUGCGCGAGGGUCACGAUGGUGAAAAAGAAUCGACGUCACAGCGACCAGGACACGCGUGGAGUCGAAGAAAGGCCUCCUGAACUUGAAAUUGCGCCGAAAUGCCCUCACCUCGGAAAAGCCCUGUGCAUAAAUAGACUCCGCAAAGCCUGGACAUCUGGCGAACUCGGUGACUUAAGCGCUUGCAAGCAAUGUGAGAAAGAGCAAGACGGCAGGGAAAAAGAAGUGGAGGAGAUUAAAGAAAAUAAAGUUGAUUCAGACAACAAGGAGAACGGACCGACAACGGCGAUUACAGGCAUAACGUCUACGAUAGCUUCAAUGACAGAUGAGAACGCUGCAGAUGCGAUUUGGAUUUGUCUGCAAUGUGCCAACCGCGGCUGCUCUAGGUACAGUAAGAACCAACAUGCAGUAAAGCACCAAAACGCAUCCUAUUCGGAUUCGCACGACAUUGCUGUGAACUGUGUCACGUGGCAGGUGUGGUGUUACAAAUGCAAUGAAUACUUGAACCCACAACAAACAGAGAGUCUGGAUCAAGCAAUAAAGGGGCUCCAAAGCACCAAAAGUAAACAGCUGGAAGGGUACAAAACUGGUCAGCCACCACAGGAGUGCUCUAACAAGAAACGAAAUAAUCUCAAAGAUUUCCGACGAGUCGCUACAGUCAAAACAGAAUCAAAUUCGAAAAGGGACAAAUCAACUUUCGAUGCAAGUUUGCCUAGCCCGUCCAGCGAGGAAAGCACGCCUCUUAGCGACGUCAAUGUAAAGGUUACUCUUAGUGACACGGAAGAGUUGCAACGGCCUAAGGGUCUCCAAAACCUCGGCAACACGUGUUUCUUUAACUCGGUCAUGCAGAAUCUUGCUCAAACGCAUCUGUUGACAGAUGCAUGCAUCGCGGCAGCGAGAAACAGUCCAGGGGGAGUCCUGUGGACAGUUCAGCCAAUGGGGAAGAAGUCCGUUAUAAGAGACAUGAAAACGCUCGAGCUCAAGCUACACGAGGCUGGGGAGCUUACUUCUGCUUUAGCAGAUUUCUUUCACUUCUUUCGAAACCGGUCAAGUCAGCUGACUCUAUGUCCUAGCGAUUUGUUUGGCCAUAUAUGCCAGAAAUCUCCACAGUUUCGUGGCUUCGCACAACAGGAUAGCCACGAGUUGCUUCGGCACCUCUUCGAUGGCGUCUUCAGUGAAGAAAGUAAGCGUAUGAAGCGGACCAUACUCAGCCACUUUGGACUAAAAAAAAACGUCAAUCCUGAUAGUGUCAAACCGUAUUUGCGUACACAAAUUGAUGCUUAUAAGAAGCAGACCCAUCAUACGUUUCUCGAGACCAUUUUUGGUGGUCUUCUGAUCAACACGAUCCUUUGUCUAAAAUGUCGUAAGUCCUCACAGAACUUCGAACCGUUUGUUGAUAUAUCUUUGUCGAUUGCGACCCCUCGACCAGUAAAAAUGCCUGCACCAGCUCAGCGCAAGCCGGACCCUAUAAUGGACGAGCUCGAGGAGAAAUAUGGCACGAAGAAGGGCGCAUCACUAAAUAAACUGAAGUUAAAUAAUAAGAAGGCAAAAAAGAAGCAGCGAAGACAGCAGCAAAACAUGACGAAGAAUGAAGCACAGGAUGCCUCGCGGUCUCGUGAAAACAGUCCUGCAAUCGUUAAUGAUGGUGAGACCGCAUCAGUAAAAGAAGACAGUGCUGGAAGUACAGCUGAGGACGACCUAGAUAGCAGCGUCAACAACAGCAUGUGUAAGUUAAAGGAACAAAAGCUCAAUGAAGGGCGGACUGUUGCGACUGCGACAUUAAAAGAGACCGCCCAAACGAACCAGCCUAACGAGGAGGUAGAUGGUGAGAAGGACAAAGAUCUUGACGAGUCGGUGCCCGUUGACUUGCCUGUACAUGACGUACAUGACGACACAGAGCGGGAAGACAGCAGCAGUCCGAAGGACAGAAGUAAAGUCAACCGCGAAACCGAAGAUGAAAAGAAUCAGAAGCGAGAACCCCCGGACACAGCGGAAAGCAAUGUCACAGAAGUUGAUGAAUCGAUUUUGGCGAAAGUAAGUGAAAUUGGGAUAACUCAGAGGAGACGAGCCAGCGACGAAACCAACGGAUCCGAUAGCGGCGUUGAUGUAGUGUGCCCGGACGGCGAAGAGGAUGAGCUUCUUCGGGAACAUAUGGACGUCUGGAAAGAACAGUCACUGUCAACAUUUGGCAACAGAACCAUGGUGCCUCGGAACUUAUCAACAGAUCACUCUUUAGAGUCUUGCCUCACUGCGUUUACGGACGAGGAACUAUUGACCGGAAAGAACCAGUUCGGAUGUGACCAUUGCACGGAGGCGUACGGCAAGCCAAAUAAGGAUGGCUCCAAGCAACGCGUCCAUAACGACGCUAAGAUGCAGCUCUUAAUCCUUAUCCCACCGGCAGUACUUACUUUUCACCUGAAGAGAUUUAUGCAGGAUGGCAUGCGUCUAAGGAAAAAUGGGGUGCGUGUCUCAUUUCCGAAAAUCCUUGAUUUGGCUCCAUACUGCAGUAAAGCAUGCAUUAAUCUGCCUUCAAUACAACCCGACCAAACUAGCAUUCUCUACAGUCUGUAUGGUAUUGUGGAGCAUUCCGGUGGCCUUCAUGGGGGGCACUACACGGCGUUUGUGAAGGUGCGGCCAAACACAGGACUAGGCUGUAAAUUUCUGCAACCGCUCCCACUCAAGAUGGGACUCGACGAUUUAAUUAGAGAAAUGCACAGGCGCUGUGAGCAGGCCGAGCGAACUCUAUCCACUGCACAUGAGUCGGACACACCUGAUCGAGCAGAAGCAGAAAAUGAACAAGCCAGUGCGUACCCUCAGCCCCCAUCAGUGUUGCAAAAUGGUACGGCUGAUUCAAAAGCAGCUGCUCAAAAGGAUGCGGUACGAGAGACGGGAAAAACUAAGGUUUGCAUUUCCGAAGGCCGGUGGUACCACAUUAGCGACUCGUCGGUGCACGAAACCUCUGAAACCUCGGCGCUUAAUGCGGAAGCGUACCUUCUCUUUUACGAGAGACUGACUUAGCCAUCGAAAUUGAGCCACUAAGGAUAAUAUAAAUAAUAAUAAUGCUCACUUAGAAAAUUUCAAUCAUCAGCAGACACGUUGUUAUGCGUUCACGUUAUAUCUUCUCAGCAUAUGUCAACAUCGAGUAACUAAAAUAUUUAAAAAGAAGCGCUAUUGUUUUUGUCUUUUUUCCAUAUAAGAAGCUAAAAAAAAAGCGAGUCUGCGUGUUAAUAAGGACGAUUAAUUUUUAUAAACUUUUUUCGGCGGGGUGUGCAUAAAGGCUCUCCUGUGCCGCGUACCACAUUCAUCCGUAUAGACAAAAAGUAAAUUGGUAUAUAUUCGGGAGUGACAUUCAUGGCGGUUGAGAUUGUGACAGCAGGUUUGUUGCGUGACUCGCCUUCUACCGGCCUAAAUACAUGUCUGAGAUAAACAGCUAGUGAAAGCGUAAGCACGCUUUAGUAUGUGUUGACGCUGUGGUAUGAAUGUGACACAUAUUUAAGACGAAGCAAUUCAAAAGCAAAAAAGUUAGUUAUAUUGGAAAUUUGAUGCUUCGAGGAUUUGGGCUGCUGCUGUUGUUCGUGAUGUCAGACCUGCCAAGCAAAAAUGAUGUGAGUUAAAGGAGGUACUGAAUGUGAUGCUGAUGGUUAGUUACAUUUUUUAUGUCUAGGGUAAGCGGGAAGCAAAACAAGUGUCGAAAGAAAAACGAGACAAAAGACGAGACGAAGAUUAUAAAUCAGAUUAAAAAAGUAGGCUCAAAGAUAUUUGGUUAUGAGCAGCCGAAUCUAUGACAGGAGGAUAAGGAAAGCAUUUUUACAAAUGACGAACUUAAUGAAAGAAGUGGAAUCUUGAAGAAGUGCAAACAAGUGUACGAGUGAUGAAUGAUAGAUAAUAUGAAUACAAGUGUUGUAUGCAACGGCAGAACACUUAUUAGGGUAUUGAAUACAAAAAAAAUAGAGAUUAUGGUGGUAUACAUACAUAUAUAUAUAAUGCAGGUGUAACGUUUAAGGAGGCGUACACACGAGCACACACAGGGAGAGCAUGAUAAGAAAUGGGUGAUAAUGGUCUGAAUGAUUCAAACUGCGAAAAAAACUAAGUGAAAGAGUGGCUCUGCUAGAAAAAGAACGAUAUUUAACUCUUAACCGUAUGAAGAUAAUGGGCUAAAUAAGUAGUCUUCAUCCUGGUCAAUAGUUUGUAAAGAUAAGCGCCACGUGCUAAGCGCUGCCACUGUUAAUUGUGCGGAAUAUACAUAAUCAUCUUGGUAAUUAGACCUAAUGACUUAUGUUGCGGCCCCAAUACGGUGCUAGUAAAUGAGUAGUAUAUAUAUAUAUAUAUAUAGAGAGAGAGGGAAAGAUAUCCAGUAAAUGAGAGAAAAAGCAACUGACAGAAAUAGGAAUGAGAGAGAUUAAAGAGUACAGGUGAAAAGCUAAAUAACGAACGGAGAAUGAACGCGAAUGCUUUGAACAUGGAACUUAUACGACAUGACCACAACCUGGUGUUUAACUUUGAGCAUUGAACGACGAAAAUCGUACUUUGACUUCUCGCAUAUAAAUCUUCUAUAAACAGCCGAAAUAUGAAUUAUCUUUAUUUGUGGGGGAGGGGCACAACAAAAAUCAUGAAAGCUCUUAGAUUAGCGCGAUGUUAGCCAUUUUGGUUUCGUGGAGAGAGGCUAGUUUUAAACGCUGCUUUUGUUAUGCUGCACUUUUUCGACGAAACUGCAUGUACCAGAUAAUACCGAAGUGGUUUAGAUAAGCUUCGCAAAAUUUUAGACUCGGUGUCGGCUACUUUUUUAGUGUUAUUUUCAAUUAUUGAUAAGUAUUUUUAGGCAGAUGAGCAAAGCGUUUUUAUUUAAGGCUAAACGUUACUGCCAAAACUUUAGGUAUAGCCAAAGGAAGGCGUUCUGGGGCUUCUAAAUUUGUAAAAAUGAAAGCCUGCGAUAUGUUAACUUGGCAUUAAUUCAAAAAUCUAUUUAUCUAUAGUUUAAAAAAGCAUCCUUUACAAAACAAUAUCCUUCUGAUU